GAGAACAGACGUCAAACUGCCUUAUGAAUAUUGAUGCGGAGGCUAGGCUGCUUUCGUAGAGAAGCAGAAGGAAGCAAGAUGGCUGCCCUUUAGGAUUUGUUAGAAAGGAGACCCGACUGCAACUGCUGGAUUGCUGCAAGGCUGAGGGACGAGAACGAGGUUAGCAAACAUUCAGCAGCAGACCCUCUCAAGAUUGUCUACUUGCCCUUCUUCUUGUUGAGCUGCCACACUUGGAAGCAGGAGAUGGGCUCAGCAGCAGCCAACAGGCCAUGAUCCAGAAGGAGCAGUGAGGGAUAGAGCUGCUGAAUUCAUUCAGAGGGCAGCCUUGUGGAUGGCCCCGAAGCAAGCCUGAUGGAACAGGAUAGAACCAACCAUGUUGAGGGCAACAGACUAAGUCCAUUCCUGAUACCAUCUCUUUCUGCCAUUUGCCAGACAGAACCUCUGGCUAUAAAGCUGCAGAAUGGAAGCCCGUUAACUGAGAGACCUCAUUCAGAAGUAAAUGGAGACACCAAGUGGCAGUCUUUCAGAAGUUAUUAUGGAAUACCCUCUAUGAAAGGAAGCCAGAAUAGUCGUAUAAGUCCAGACUUUAUACAAGAAGGUAGGGGGUAUUCCAAGUGUUUGCAAAAUGGAGGAAUAAAACGCACAGUUAGUGAACCUUCUCUCUCUGGGCUCCAUCAGAAUAAGAAAUUGAAACAAGACCAAACGGCUAAUGGAGAAAGAAAGAACUUCGGGGAAAGCCAAGAAAGAAAUCCAGGUGAAAGCAGCAGUCAACCAAAUGUCUCCAAUUUGAGUGAUAAGAGAGAACCUGAGAGUAUAGCUCAAGAAAACGCAGUUAAAGAUUUAGCCAGUUUUUCAACACAUAACUGCAGUGGGUCCGAAAAUCCAGGGCUUCAGAUUCUGAAUGAGCAGGUGGAGAAGAAUGUCAACUACCAUGACAGGAACAUUGUAUUACUUCUUAAAAACAAGACAGUGCUAAUGCCUAAUGGUGCUACAGUUUCUGCCUCUUCCAUGGAAAACACACAUGGUGAACUCCUGGAAAAAACACUGUCUCAAUAUUAUCCAGAUUGUGUUUCCAUUGCGGUGCAGAAAACCACAUCUCACAUAAAUGCCAUUAACAGCCUGGCUACUAAUGAGUUGUUGUGUGAGAUCACUCACCCAUCCCAUACCUCAGGGCAGAUCAAUUCCCCACAGACCUCGAACUCUGAGCAGCCUCCAGCACCAGUUGCAGUGGUGACUGAGGCCUGUGAUGCUGAUAAUGCAAGUAAACCACCUGCAAUGCUCGGUACCUGUCCCUUUCAGAAACCAGAACAACUACGACCACAAAAAUCAGUUUUUGAGAUAUGCCCAUCUCCUGCAGAAAACAGUAACAACCGAGGAACCACAAAGCUAGAAUCUGGUGAAGAAUUCUGUUCAGGUUCCAGCAGCAAUUUGCAAGCUCCUGGUGGCAGCUCUGAACAAUAUUUAAAGCAAAAUGAAAUAAAUGGUGCUUACUUCAAGCAAUGCUCAGUGUUCACUAAGGAUUCCUUUUCUGCCACUACCACACCACCACCAUCACAAUUGCUUCUUUCUACCCGCCCUCCUCUCCCACGUAUUUCUCAGCUUCCUUCAGAAGGAAAAAGCACUCUGGAUGAUGGAGUUUUAGAAGAACACCGUCACUACCCAAACCAAAGUAACACAGCUCUUUUAGGGGAAGUGAAAAUAGAGAGGCCCCCAGAGGCACCACCAUCCCAGAGUCCUAACCCAUCUACACAUGCAUCCAGUCCCUCUCUGAUGCUUCCAGACAGGCCUCAGAAUAACUGUGUUAACAAGAAUGAUAUACGGACUCCAGGGACAACGGGUAUUCCAUUGUGUUCUGAGAAAACACGACAAAUAUCAGAAUAUCUCAAGCAUAACUCACCAAUUCUUGGUAGCAGUGCAAAUCCACAGGGCCACUGCCAGCAGUUAAUGGGACACAAAGAGCAAGAGAUUCUGAAGGGUCAACAUAAGGAACAUGCACGAGAGCAUGAGCUCUCAACACAGUCCUAUUUGAAACCAGGGUGGAUUGAAUUGAAAGCCCCUCAUUUUCAUCAAGCAGAAUCCAAUCCGAAAUAUAAAGAGGCAUCAUUGCGGUCAAUUCUUCUGUAUGAAUCCCACCCUUCCAAUCAGAUGACCUCCAGACGAUACACUGGAUAUUCCAAUGUGCGUGGGGGGCUCCCACGGCAAGCUUAUGUCCAGAAAUUAAUGCAGCUGGAGCAGAGGUCACAGAUGUACCAAGCUGAGUUGAAUCAAGGGCAGUCGCAAGGUACAGUGGACCAAAACCUCCAGUUCCAAAAACCCUCACCCCAGGUGCACUUCUCCAAGACAGACCCAUCACCCGAAGCUCACAAGCAGUCACUGUGCGCCCCAAGGCUUCAUUUUCAAUCAAGACCAGAUCCCCAAACUCAGAAACUCAUACCCAUGUCAUUAAAACAGCACUUGAAUCAACAGGCUUCAGAGGCUGAGCCUUUCUCAAAUUCACAUCUUUUGCAGUUUAAGCCUCAUAAGCAGGCAACACAAACACAACCAUCCCAGAAUUCACAUCUUCCUCAAAACCAGCAACAACAGCAGACAUUACAAAUGAAGAAUAAAGAACAAAUGCCUCAGACUUUUUCACAUCCCCAGAGCAACAGUGAUCAGCGAAGAGAAGGAUCGUUCUUUGGCCAGAUUAAAGUAGAAGAGUGCAUUCAUGGUGAAAAUCAGCAUUUGAAAUCAAGUGAGUUCCAGACUCAUAACACCCAAAUAGGACUGGAGCAAAGGCAGAAUAUGAAUAGUAGAAAUGCCCUUUAUGGUCAGAUCCUAAAAUCAAAUACAAGCAAUGUACAGCUUUCUUGUGGGAACAAUACACACUUAGUUCCAGAGAAGAAAGAGCAGACCAUAAAUACUGAACUUUUUGCAGGAAACAAGACUCAAAACUUGCACCACAUGCAAUAUUUUCCAAAUAAUGUGACCCCAAAGCAGGAUGUAUCUCAUAGGUGCUUUCAAGAACAGGAGCAGAAGCCUCAACAAGCUUCAGUUCUACAGGGAUAUAAGAGUAGAAACCAAGAUAUGUCUAGUCAACAAGCUGCACAACUCGCUCAACAAAGGUACUUGAUGCAAAACCAAGCAAAUGCUUUCCCUGUGCCUGACCAGGGAGGAAGUCACAUUCAGACCCCUCCCCAGAAGGACAUUCAAAAGCACGCUGCUCUAAGGUGGCACCUCUUACAGAGGCAAGAACAGCAGCACACACAACUGCAAACUGAGACUUGCCAUAAUCAGAUGCAAAGGCCCAUUAAAGUUGAGCCUGGGUCCAAGCCCCAUGCCUGUACGCGCCCCAUGUCAGCACAGCCAGAAAACAAAAUGUGCAAAAAAGUAACUAAGCAAGAGAUUGCACCUCAGAGCUGUGAUAAUGUGCAGCAAAAGAGCAUCCUUGAGACUAUGGAGCAGCAUUUGAAGCAGUUUCAGGUCAAAUCAUUAUUUGACCAUAAGGCUCCUCCGCUCAGAUCACAAAAGCAAGUAAAAGUUGAAAUGUCAGGGCCAGUCACGGUGUUAACUAGGCACACCACUGCUGCAGAACUUGAUAGUUACACCCCAGCUUUAGAGCAGCAAGCGACACCUUCUUCAGAAAAGACACCAACCAAAAGAACAGCUGGUUCUGUUCUCAAUAAUUUUUUAGAGUCACCUUCCAAAUUACUAGACACGCCUAUAAAAAAUUUAUUGGAUACACCUGUCAAGACUCAAUAUGAUUUUCCAUCAUGCAGAUGUGUAGAGCAAAUUAUUGAAAAAGAUGAAGGUCCUUUUUAUACCCAUCUAGGAGCAGGUCCUAAUGUGGCAGCUAUUAGAGAAAUCAUGGAAGAAAGUCAAUUACAGGUAUGCAAGUAUUUACCUGAAUCUCCACAAUUACUCCUGCAGGUAGAAGACUCUUAUGAGAGAGAUAAUCAAUGCAGAGAGGGACUCUCAUAUAGGUUUGGACAGAAGGGUAAAGCUAUUAGGAUUGAAAGAGUCAUCUAUACUGGUAAAGAAGGCAAAAGUUCUCAGGGAUGUCCUAUUGCUAAAUGGGUGGUUCGGAGAAGCUGCAGUGAGGAGAAGCUGCUGUGUUUGGUGCGGGAGCGAGCGGGCCACACCUGUGAGGCUGCGGUGAUUGUGAUUCUCAUCCUGGUAUGGGAAGGAAUCCCUCUGUCCCUGGCUGACAGACUCUACUCAGAGCUCACGGAAACACUGAGGAAAUACGGCACUCUCACCAACCGGCGGUGUGCCCUGAAUGAAGAGAGAACCUGUGCCUGUCAGGGGCUGGACCCAGAGACCUGCGGUGCCUCCUUUUCUUUUGGUUGUUCAUGGAGCAUGUACUACAAUGGAUGUAAAUUUGCCAGAAGCAAGAUCCCAAGGAAAUUUAAACUGCUUGGGGAUGACCCAAAAGAGGAAGAAAAACUGGAGUCUCAUUUGCAAAACCUGUCCACCCUUAUGGCACCAACAUACAAGAAACUUGCACCUGAUGCAUAUAAUAAUCAGAUUGAAUAUGAAGACAGAGCACCAGAGUGCCGUCUGGGUCUGAAGGAGGGCCGUCCAUUCUCAGGGGUCACUGCGUGUCUGGACUUCUGUGCUCACGCCCAUAGAGAUUUGCACAACAUGCAGAAUGGGAGCACAUUGGUAUGUACCCUCACUAGAGAAGACAAUCGAGAAAUUGGCGGAAAACCUGAAGAUGAGCAGCUCCAUGUUCUGCCUUUAUACAAAGUCUCUGAUAUGGAUGAGUUUGGGAGUGUAGAAGCUCAGGAGGAGAAAAAACGAAAUGGUGCCAUUCAGGUACUGAGCUCUUUUCGGCGGAAAGUCAGGAUGUUAGCAGAGCCUGUCAAGACAUGCCGGCAAAGGAAACUAGAAGCCAAGAAAGCUGCAGCUGAGAAGAUUUCCUCUCAGGAGAACAGCUCCAAUAAGAACGAAAAGGAAAAGUCAGCCUCGUCACGUACAAAACAGACUGAAAAUGGAAGCCAGGCUAAACAGUUGGCAGAGCUUCUGCGGCUUCCAGGACCAGUCACGCAGCAGUCCCAGCAGCCUCAGUCGCAGCCUCAGCAAUCACAGAAGCAGCCACCACAACAGCCCCAACAGCCGCAGCGACCCCAGCAGCAGGCCCAGCAGCAGGCCCAGCAGCAGGCCCAGCUGCAGCAGCCCCAUCACCCCUUGACUAGUAACUCUCAGUCGGAGGCUGUCAACUCUUACUCUUCUUCCGGACCCACCAAUCUAUAUAUGAGACGGCCCAAUCCAGUUAGUCCUUAUGCAAGUUCUUCACACACUUCAGAUAUUUAUGGAGGUGCCAACCCAAUGAACCUCUAUUCCACCUCAUCCCAAGCUGCAGGAUCAUAUUUUAAUUCUUCUAAUUCCAUGAACUCCUAUCCUGGGCUUUUGAAUCAGAACAACCAAUACCCAGCAUAUCAGUGCAAUGGGAACGUAUCAAUGGACAACUGCUCCCCGUAUCUGGGUUCCUAUUCUCCCCAGUCUCAGCCCAUGGAUCUAUAUAGGUAUCCAAGCCAAGACCCUCUCUCUAAACUGAACCUACCACCCAUCCAUACACUAUACCAGCAGCGGUUUGGAAAUAGCCAGAGUUUUUCUUCCAAAUACCUGGGUUAUGGAAACCAAAAUAUGCAGGGCGAUGCCUUCAGCAGUUGUACUAUUCGACCAAAUGUACACCACGUAGGGACAUUUUCUCCUUAUUCCACUCAUGAGAUGGAUAGCCACUUCAUGGGAGCCGCCUCUAGAUUACCACCCCAUUUGAGCAAUCCAGACAUAGACUAUAAAAAUGGAGAACAUCAUCCAUCUUCUCAUAUCAUCCAUAACUACAGGGCAGCUCCAGGCAUGUUCAACAGCUCUCUUCACGCUCUGCCUCUCCAAAACAAGGAGAAUGACGUGCUUUCUCACACAGCUAAUGGGUUGUUGAAGAUGCUUCCGGGUCUUAACCAUGACGGAACUGCUUCUGCCCAGGAAGGCUUGUACAAAUUAAAUGAUGCUAGCAGUCAGGAAAAGCAGCCUUUGGUGCCAGGUCAGGGCGUGGCUUCUGCUGCAGAGGACAAUGAUGAGGUGUGGUCAGACAGUGAGCAGAGCUUUCUGGAUCCUGACAUUGGGGGAGUAGCUGUGGCUCCAACUCAUGGGUCGAUCCUCAUCGAGUGUGCAAAGCGUGAGCUGCAUGCCACAACCCCCUUAAAGAAUCCCAAUAGGAAUCACCCCACCAGGAUCUCGCUUGUUUUUUACCAGCAUAAGAGCUUGAACGAGCCCAAACAUGGUUUGGCUCUCUGGGAAGCCAAAAUGGCUGAAAAAGCCCGUGAGAAAGAGGAAGAAUGUGAAAAGUAUGGCCCUGACUACGUGCCUCAGAAAAUCCAUGGCAAAAAAGUGAAACGGGAGCCCCCUGAGCCACAUGAACCUUCAGAACCCACUUACCUGCGCUUCAUCAAGUCCCUUACUGAAAGGACCAUGUCCGUGACCACAGACUCCACUGUAACCACAUCUCCAUAUGCCUUCACUCGGGUCACCGGGCCUUACAACAGAUACAUAUAAUGUCACCCCUUUUGUUGGUUACCUCAUUUGAAAAGACCACAACCAACCUGUCAGUCAUGUAGUUCUCGUGACGUGGGCAGUAGGGAAAGGACACAGUAUUCAUGGUAAAUGUGGUGGGAAAAACCUUGGCUCACCAGCAAAAUAGAGGUGACUUUACCGUAGCACUUAAUUUCCACUGACUUCUAAGUGGUCACAGAUGGCAUCUAGGAAAAAGACCAAAGCAUUCUAUGCAAAAAGAAGGUGGGGAAGAAAGUGUUUUGCAAUUUGCAUUUUUAAACACUGGUUCUAUUAUUGGACGAGAUGAUAUGUAAAUGUGAUUUUCUUUUUUUUCCCCUUACAACUCUACACAUCUGUGACCACUUUUAAUAGUAUCACGUUUGCAUAGUCAUGGAACACAAACAAGUACUGUAGCAUUACAGUGGCAGGAAUCUUAAAAUACCAUCUGGUGCUGAAUACAUGAUGUACUGAAAUACUGGAAAUACGGCUUUUUAACAUGCAGUUUUUACUGUAAUCUUACUAGUAACUUUUAUUUAUCAAGAUAGCUACAGGAAGUAUAAAUGAAUAGACAGCAAAACACUGAAUUUGUUUGGAUGCUCUAAGAAAUGGUGCUAAGAAAAUGGUGUCUUUAAUAGCUAAAAAUUUAAUGCCUUUGUAUCAUCAAGAUGCUUCAGUGUACUCCAAAGCCCUUGAAUAAUAGGGGUACCUUUCAUUCAAGUUUUUAUCAUAAUUACCUAUUCUUACACAAGCUUAGUUUUUAAAAUGUGGAUAUUUUAAAGGCUGCUGGAUUUUGCUCAUCCAGUGAUGUCCUUGUAGGACAAUAAACAUAUAUAUGUACAUAUAUAUUUACAUAUAUAUAUGUACAUACAUGUAUAUGUAUAAGUAUUUUAAAUGGUGUUUUAGAAGCACUUUGUCUACCUAAGCUUUGACAACUUGAACAAUGCUAAGGUACUGAGACGUUUAAAAAAAAAAAAAAGUUUACUUUCAUGUUAGAAUGCAAAGUUGAUUUUUUUUUUUUAAGGAAACAAGGAAGUUUUGAAAAUGUUUUUCCUUUUAGCCAUGCAUCUGCUGAUGAGCAGUGUGUCCAUUUUUAAUACAGCCAGUUAAUCCAAAACGGGGCUUACUGGAUUCACAGGAAUAUGUCAGUCCACAAAAUAUGUUUUUCUGGUGCUCAUCUCUCAUGCUAUACUGUAAAACAGUUUUAUACAAAAUUGUAUGACAAGGUCAUUGCUCAAAUAUGUACAAUUUUAAGAAUUUUCUAUUAACUGCAGGUAUUAAUUCACCGCAUGCUACAGACUCAACAAAGCUAGUUCACUUAAAAAAAAAUAGGCCUGUGUUAUUUCAUCGAUCUGUAUGCUCUUCCAAGACCUGAAUGGCAGUCUGCCUUUGUGCUGAUAAUAUGUGCAUUGUGAUGUUGUCAUUUCUUAGCUUAAGUGUCCUCUUUACCAGGAAGAUUGAGCAGACUGAUGCCUGCAUAAGAUGAAUAAACAGGGUUAGUUCUGUGUGAAUCUUUUGAUUAAAAAACAAAAACAGGCAGCUGGUUUGCUGUGGUGGUUUUAAAUCAUUAAUUUGUAUAAAGAAGAAGUAAAAGAGUUGUAUAGUAAAUUAAAUUGUAAACAAAACUUUUUUAACACAAUGCUUUAGUAUUUUAGUACUGUAAAAAAUUUUAAAUAUAUAUAAAUAUAUAUAUACAUUAUAUAUAUAUAUGGGUUUGAAGCAGAAUUCACAUCAUGAUGGUGCUACUCAGCCUGCUACAAAUAUAUCAUAAUGUGAGCUAAGAAUUCAUUAAAGGUUUGAGUGAUGUUCCUACUUGUCAUAUACCUCAACACUAGUUUGGCAAUAGGAUAUUGAACUGAGAGUGAAAGCUUACAGCAUUGUGUACCAUCAGUUUUUUCCAAGUCUUUUUUUAUUAUUAUUAAAAAAAAAAAAAAGCAUACCUUUUUUCAAUACUUGAUUUCUUAGCAAGUAUAA